AUGAUCUCCCAUUGCAGCAUAGGAGUUAAAUGGACUGCAGCAGUUACCAUUGCUGCCCGGACGGCUGCAAUUGGUUACUUAGCUUACAAGAGAUUCUAUGUCAAAGAUCAUAGCAAUAAAGCAAUGGUAAACCUUCACAUCCAGAAAGACAAUCCCAAGAUAGUACAUGCUUUUGACAUGGAGGAUCUGGGAGAUAAAGCUGUGUUCUGCCAUUGCUGGAGGUCCAAAAAGUUUCCAUUCUGUGAUGGUUCUCACAGAAAACAUAACGAAGAGACUGGAGACAACGUGGGACCUCUGAUUGUCAAGAAAAAAGAAAGUUAAACGGACAGUUUUGAUGCUGCAGACCAACUUGU